AUGGGCAACGUGGAAAGCAACAGCUCUUACCAGAAACACCUCUCCAGGUUUCUUUCUGAUGAAGUGGCCGACAUCGACGGCGUUUUUAGCGCCUUAUCUGGAGCGGAGGAAGCCGUCGUCGUAAAGAUGGGGAAAAAGGCACAGACCAGGGUGAGCCUUGAAGCACUCAAGGCCUACGUCAAGGACGCUCUGCCUCCAUCCAUGGUUACGAGGCUGUACAGUGGGAUGAGAAGCAUCCAGGAGACCCACCAGUCCCCAGAGCCCAGCACGUGGCUGGCCAAGGAGCAGUUUGUGGUCUUUACAUCCACCCUCUUCAAAGGCAACGCCCAGGAAAAGUGUGGAAUUGUCCUGAAGAUGGUCUCAGAUGCUCAGAAGACCGUCAAGGGAAGCCAGAUCCUAGAGUUUGCAGGGGACCUGAUCAGCUCUGUGGUUCACGUGCUAAACUACAGGAAGUUGCUGAAAGGGUGGAAGCCAAAGAAGCUGAAUAACUCCAUCGCCAGCGUAAAAGCCUUGGCUACUCAGCUGGUCUCUGAGCUGAGAUCUGCAGAGGGGAAGAAGAUGGAGGGAGCCUCUGUCUUGGAUGCCACCUGUGACCAAAACAGCAUUGAAGAUUGGCUUUUCCGAGUCCCACAGAUCUCCACCUUCCUCAAGGUGGUGCUUCAGCAGGGCCUGCUCCUCCUCCAGCCUCUCUCCGACGAAGCCAACGAGAUCCUCCAUCUGCUGCCGGAAUGCCGAGGCCUGCAAGGGACGGCCUUCGUCAGCCUCCUGGACGUCCCUUCCAUCAUCUACCUCAAUGCCCACCUGCCUUCUGAACUUCGGGAUCAGUGGCAGCUUCUCUUCACCUCCCGGGUUCACGGGGAGAGCUUUACGCAGCUGUGCGGCCAUAUUGUCAACAGAGGCCCCUGCCUUCUGGUCCUGAAGGACACCGACGGCUACAUCUUUGGCGGGUUUGCCUCCUGCUCUUGGGAAGUGAAGCCCCAGUUUCAAGGAAACAACACAUGUUUUUUGUUUUCCAUUUCUCCCUCGCUCGCCGUGUUCACCUACAGUGGCUACAAUAACCAUUACAUGUACCUCAACCACGGGCAGCAGACCAUGCCGAACGGACUUGGCAUGGGAGGGCAACACGAAUACUUUGGCCUCUGGGUGGACAGUAACUAUGGGCAAGGCCACAGCAAAGCCAAGCCCCGGUGCACCACCUACAACAGCCCUCAGCUGUCGGCCAAGGAGAACUUCCUACUGGAUUCCAUGGAGGUGUGGGCUGUGGGAGACUUUCCUGAAGCCAAAAAUGGAAAAGGUCCGAAGAGCAUCUUAGACACCGAUCCCGAGGCUCAAGCUUUGCUAGAGAUGAUGGGGAAAAGCCGCCAGAGUGAUGGGUUUCGGGAACCACCUGAAGAUGAAGAAGGAGACAAUUAAGGUCUCAUCUCAGAUAUUUUUUUCCCACCAAGCCUGACCAGGAUUUUGCUGGAACACCUUCCGAGCUUUCUAUUUUCCACACGUCGGUAUCCGUUGCCCCAUCUUUUAAAUGUGAUGAGAUUCCGUUAAAUAACAAUUGGUGUCUUUACGAACUUUGGACGUAUUAUCUUCAGGGUUUUCCUUUCCAGGGAUUGGGCGUGUAUUGUACUAAAUUCAGGACCUUCUUUUUCUUCUUUUCACAUUAUUCACAUUUAUUUUGGGCUCAAGGGGACCCCCCCCCAAGGGGACUUCCAGAUUAAUAUUCCUUGGAGGGAUCCCAGUUCACUCACAGAGUUCUCAAAACUCAACGUCUUCUAUGCAAAUUGAGCCGUAUUUCGUUGGGACAAUUUAAAUGCUGCAUAAAAACGUAUUUUGGGUUUGUUGAAGUGCCAUAUCUGGAAAUCAGGAGUUCAUAUCUGAAUUAAUCACAGCAAUAUAAACAAUUGGAUCAGA